CCAUUUUGUUUUGCAUGUAAUUGUUCCUGGUCCGGCAAGUCGAUGUUGUUUGCAAGGUUUACAUAAAGGGGCCGGAGCAUGUCAUUUCCUCAAAGACCUCCCCUGGGCAUGCCACCAAUGGCUCCAGGCAUGGGAUAUGCGUUUGCAACGCCUAUGGGAAUGAUGCCUAUGAGCAUGGGUGUAAUGCAGCCAACAACAGUUAUGAGACCAUUAGUGACCUCACAGGCAAACCUGACUCCCCAAUCAUUGAAGCCAUCAAAGAAACAGCUGGUGCCACAAGAGAUUCCUAAGGAUGAUGAUGAAGAAAAGCCUCCAGUAACCACAGUAUUUGUUGGAAAUAUUAGUGACAGAGCUCCUGAUGCCAUGGUGAGACAGAUGCUACAGAGAUGUGGUAAUGUUCUCAGUUGGAAACGAGUUCAAGGUGCAUCUGGGAAAUUGCAAGCAUUUGGAUUUUGCGAGUAUGAAAACCCAGAAGCAACGCUACGUUGCAUGAGGCUCCUUAAUGAAUGGGAAAUUACAGAUAAAAAGCUGGUGGUGAAAGUUGAUGCUAAAACAAAAACGUUACUAGAUGAGUACAGAGCCAAGAAAAAAGCUAAACUGACUGCAAUUAAGGAAAAAAACACCAAAGAAAAAAGUGAGACAGCUGAAAAUGGAGAUGAUGAAAAGGAAGAUGGUGAUAAAGAAAAAGAGGAUAAAGAGAGCAAGUCUUCAGAGAAUGGUGAUAAUCAAGAAGAUGAUCUCGACGAAUUUUCAAAGAGAGAAGACAGAGUGGCAAAAGCAGGCCUUGAUGCCAUUAUGAGAGAAUAUGCUUCUGAUCUCAGUAAACCUGUACCUUCAGGUAGGAAGGAUUCAAAAGUGUCUUUGGCAGACACUGAUAAAGAACAGAAGACUGUACAAAAAAAGAAGGAAGAAAAAGAAAUAAAAGAUACUGGAAUUGAUGAUAUAGACAUGGAGGAGGACAAAAGGGAAAUCAUCAACAGAGAGAUUAGAAGUUUCAGAGAUCUACACAAGGGGGAAGAUGAACCAGAAAAAGAUCAAGAAAAGGAAAGGGAACGGGAACGUAGAAUUCUGGAAGAAAAGAGAAGAAGGGAACGAGAGAGAGCUCGGGAACGGGAAAGGGAAAGAGAAAGGGAACGAGAGAGGGAACGCGAACGAGAACGAGAAAUGGAACGAUAUGAAAGAGAACGUUACGAAAGAUUACGUAGCAGGUCUCGUUCCCCUUCAAGUCGAAGGAGAAGGUCUCCUAGUAGAGAUAGAUCCAGAGAAAGAAAAAUGCGAGAUAGAGAUCGAGAUAGAGAUGUUGAAGAGGAGGAAGAAGCUCAUGAGAGAAGGAAAUUAGAAAAGAAACUUCGGGAAAAAGAAGCAGCUUACCAAGAGAGGUUGAAAAAUUGGGAAGCAAGAGAAAGAAAAAAAUCUAGAGAAUAUGAGAAAGACAGAGAAAGGGAAGAAGAACGCAAAACUGAAGAGAUGCGUGAAGCUCGACGGCUGAAAGAAUUUUUAGAAGAUUAUGAUGAUGAAAGGGAUGAUCCUAAAUUUUACAAAGGUAGCAUGCUGGCUAGGAGGAUGAAGGAGCGAGAAAAAGAGCGUGAGGCAGAUGCACGCGAUCGGCAACGUGAGAAAGAGGAGUUGGAAGAAAUUCGUCGAAAACUGAUGGAUGAGGGUCACCCAGACCCAGAAGCAGAGCUAGCAAAGAUUGAGCGUGAGAGAGAAGAACACCUUAAGCCACGACUCCAGCUCUUACCACAACCAGUCCCAAAGUCUCCUGAAGUUCCACCUCCAAGGGAAGAGCUGCGAGAGGAGAUAGAAGAAAAUGAGGAAGAAUAUGAGCAGGAAGAUGAGGAUUCCAGAGGAGCUAAGUUACCACCCAAAAUGCAGUCAACACUGCGACCGAUCGACAAUGACGCAAGCUCUUUAUCUGAUGAGGAUGAUGACAGUAACCUGCCAUUUACAGAUACAACACCUCAGCCAGUUUAUGGUCCAGCAAAGGAGGAAAAUGCAAAGCUAGGCUUCAGUUCUCUCAAAUUAGGUGCAGGAAGUCCUGUGGAAGGUUUGCCACCUAAAAGAAAGAAGCUCACAGUUGGAGAUGUGUUCAAUCAAGAUGAUGAUGAAGGAUCCGAUGGAGCCAAGAAACGAAAAUUGGUUCCACUGGACUAUGAUGAUGACAAGUCUGAAAAGAAACCCACAACAGCUGAAGAGAAGCGUACAAGAAUUAAGCACCUUAUUGAAAAUAUACCAACUGCUAAAGACGAAUUAUUUGCUUAUCCAUUGGACUGGAACAUUGUUGAUCAGAGUCUCAUGGACAAGAGAAUUAAACCUUGGGUAAACAAGAAGAUAAUAGAAUAUAUUGGAGAGGAAGAACCUACUCUUACUGACUUUAUAUGUCAGAAAGUUGUGGCAAGAAGCGUGCCCCAGAAUAUACUCAAUGAUGUUGCAAUGGUCCUAGAUGAAGAAGCCGAGGUUUUUGUUGUGAAAAUGUGGAGACUUUUAGUGUACGAGACACAAGCCAAAAAGCUCGGACUAGUUAAAUGACAGCAUAUUUGGACUUGAUCUUGGAAAUUACACUGUAUCAUAAGCCUUUUUUAGGCUGCUGAGUGCUCAACAUGUGUCAAAAUUUUAAAAGUACACAGACAAUUGGACAAUUGUCAAAUUGAGUUAUUCUGGAUUUGAUGACAAAUAGGAUUUAAACAUCAGAGAAGUGAUUGCUUAUGAACAGUUGAAAAAUUAAGAUUUACGAAAAAAUUGGUACUGUUUCCAAUUCAUUGUAGGAAGUUAGGAUGUAUAUAGAUUUAUAGGAAGCUGAAGAGAGAUUUACAUAUAAAACGUGGUGUUAACAUCAGGUUUUGAAAUGCCAUAAAAUGGCUCUUCUUUAUAUAUUGUGUUCUUAAAAGGUUUCUUUCAAAAAGGAAUAGAUUCUGUAUUUGGUCUACUGAAAAUUCUUUUGGGAAUUGAACAUCAUUGGAAUCAAUUUACAAUAGACCCUUAUCAUUGAUAUUUUAGAAAAUAUUUUCUGUGAUAGAGAAUAGAGCCUGUGAAGGAUUUUUUACCGUGAAAGUUGCGAUUGCGAUAUUUUUGAAAUAAUCUAAAUACUGUUAUGUUUUUGUAUUUGAUGAUCAUGAAUGUCAUGAGGUGUGCCAGCUUUUUCUUUCUUUUGAAAUCUUAUCAGAACUUGAUUUUUAUUUUAUUUCUUGUGCAUAAUCUUAUCUGAAAGAUGAAAUUAUUGUAAUAAGAAUACAGUUAAAAUAUUGAUAUGAAAUGUUGAUUCAAACACUAUCAAAUCCGAUGAUCUUAAGAGAUAUAGUUUUCUUUAGUUUUAAUCAUGUUUGAUUCAUAGUUGAAUUGUUACCCGCAAUCUCAUUAAACCCUGUGAACAUGGAGGUUUUCUUCCCUGCAAGUUCACACAAAGUGCUGUAGGUACUGCAACAAGGAUUUGGCUAGGAGAGCAUGUUCCUGUAGUUAGCACCUGCUGCGGAGUAUGAUAGUUGUGUCUGUGUUGGUCAAUAUUUGUAUUGUGUGAAUAAAAGGGGAUAUGGCAUAUUGAAUGGUUUGUAGAAAAGUUGUUACAGUAACUACAGCUAUUAUGAAGGCAGCAUAGGGAUCAACAUUAUUCAUCACUACUGUAGGGGCUGUUCUAGUCAAAUAUCUACCAAAGGAUUUCAGGUCUCUGGAAUAGGAACCAUGACGAAAUUAAUUCUAUUAGUAAGAACUAAAUUUGCUUUAUAUUCCUAGCUGGAUUUCUCCCACAGGCAAUUUUUCUGGAAUAGCCCUUAGACAUGAUUAUGGUACAGCAAUUAUAUAUGGAAGUUUGAAUUACCAGUUGGGCACAGGGGUAAUUUGUCAUUAUUGCUAGAUGUGUAUUUGUGCAGUGAGGAGCUUGAGAUUGUACAAGGUAAUGAAAGGGAGCAAAUGGUAAUGAAUGUUGAAUGAUUGUAGUAAACUUGAGUUUUGCUGAGAGAUAUGUAGUGUAACUUAUUCCAAGUUAAUUAAAAGCAGAAUGUUAGUGUAAGAAUGUUAGUGAAAGAUGAUAUGACCAGCAUCUGGUCGUGAUGGUGUACAAGGUUGUAGUUAGGUGUACAAGAGUGAGCGAGGAUAAUGAUCCAACAAAUCUGAAUAAAACUGUUGACAGUAAA